GCAGUGUUCACACCUUCCUCAUCCGCCGCCCUCUUCCUCAGCCCCUCCCCCGGGUCUGCCCACCGCCCUGCCGGCCUGCCUGUGGGGAGUGCAGCUAUGCCCGGCAUUGUCACAGGCUCCGUGCAUUGAUGCCUUUGUGUCUGGCAGCAGAGGGGCAGCCGGCGUGCUCUUUGUCUUCUUCCCGGUUUAGGGGCCACUCCGGCUGCUCCCCGCCGCCCAUCUGAUCCCCCGCCCGGUUAUGCCCGCUGCCUGCCGCUUCCUGUGCCCACGGACCCUGGCAGCAGACUGAUCGGUAGCCGGGAAGUUUCCUCGUCGUCUCGGCCCGGCGGGGAUACAAUGAAGGAUCUGAAGAAGUAUAUGACAGAAGGUUUGCUGCAGUUCGCCAUCCUACUGAGCCUGGCCGGGGUGCGGGUGGAUCUGGACUCUUACCUGCCGCCCAUCAGGGAGAUCAUCCUGGGCACCAGCUCUGCCUACUCUCAGAUCCCCUUCCACAGUCUGAGGGACACUUGGGAGGGCUCCAGCCUGCACCCCAAGAGCCCGGACCUGGACUCCUUCUUCACUGCCCGGAGGCUGCUGGACGAGGUGAGGGCGCUGGGGGACACACGGGUGCCCAGGACGGAGGUCAGUGCCUGGCUGGUGCACACGGUGUCCGCGGAUGAUGCUGAGACUGGCACCAGUGUCCUGCUCACUGCGGGCUCCACUGAGGAGGAUACCCCGAGCAACAAUGAAGGCCCAGACCAACCACCUGCCGGGAGCAGCAGCCUACAGCCAAGCCAUGCCACCCCCUCACAGCCACACAUUGGCACAGGUGCCACCUCCACCCCUGGAGACUAUACCAAAGAGAAGCAGGAAGAUAAGCUGGGAUAUAGCGAAGACUCCCUCAGCUACAGCUACCUUCACAAUGACAAUGGGAAGGAGGGACUGGAUAAGGAGUUGACUCAACACAGCGAAGAAGGUGAUCCUAGCAAUACAAGCGCAAGUGACGGCAAUGGCAUAAGAGCAGAGAUUGACCGGAACACAACUGAGCCCUCUCUGUUCUUUGAAGAAUUUAUUCAGCUGCUGGCACAAACCGAAAAUGCUCUUGAGGGAACAAGUGAAAAUUCUUUUCAGAGUGCACAACCCUCCUCCAGACCUGGAAACUCAGUAGGAGAAUUGUGGCAGGAUUUCCUAUCUCUGCCUGACUUAAAUAUUACAUUGGAAGACAUUCAAUCCAUUUCUAAUACUAACAAUGCCAUCAGCACUUCAGUUCCCUUCAACGGGCAUCUAACAGAGGCAAUAAGCCAAGAUAUAAGUCUACAGGAAGCCAUGUUUGCAUCAAGUCCCACCGCCAGCUCCAGUGAGGACCAGAGAGCAGAGAACUUACUGCAGUUAAAUUCAAGUGCAAUUCCUGGAGAUCCCCUAAGUGCCACAAAUCUGACCAAUCUAUUUCCAACCACUGACAAUAAUUCCAGAAACUCGACUAACCAAGACCUAUUUUCUGGCCUUGAUGAGAAUGUAUUUGAUGAAAUUAAUUUGAUGUCUCUAGCCCUGGAAGAAGGAUUUGAUCCCCUGGAGGUCUCGCAGUUAUUUGAAGAACCAGACUCAGAUUCUGGACUUUCCUUAAAUUCAAGCCAUAGUCCAACAUCUGCAAGCAUAUCUGACACUUCGUCUAUAACCUUUGGGGAGGAAGAAGGUGCAACUGGCUACAGCAGUGACUCUGAAUCCGCUUCAUAUGAUGGGUUGGAAGGAGCAGUAGGAGGCAGUGGUUCAGAAAUCAACAAAUUUUGUCAGAUGGAUGAUUCACAAUAUUACAGUGAGAUGUCUUUACAUAAUGUACAUCAUAACCAUACAUAUAACCAGCUACCUAACCAGGUGGAGCCUAGUCCAGAACAUCAUUAUAGCUGGUCAGUGAAAUCCAACAAAAUAAGGGGCCAGUGUGUCAAUACAAUGGACAAAAGCCUCAGUCGAGAUGAACGAAGAGCAAAAUCCUUAAGAAUUCCAUUCACAGUGGAUGAAAUUGUGAGUAUGCCUGUAGAGAUGUUUAAUAGUAUGUUGUCCAAGCACUAUCUGACAGAGUCUCAAGUGUCUGUCAUACGAGAUAUUCGGCGCCGGGGUAAGAACAAGGUGGCGGCUCAGAACUGUCGUAAGCGUAAGUUGGAUGUCAUUUUGAACUUGGAGGAUGAUGUUAACCAGCUGAAAGUUCAGAAGGAAAAACUACUAAAAGAACAAGCUCAGUGUAGUAAGUCUGUAAGCCACAUGAAGCAGAAACUGAAUGACCUGUACCGAGAUGUAUUCACACGACUACGAGACGAGCAGGGCAGACCUGUUAACCCAAAUCAGUAUGCCUUGCACUGUAAUAGCGAUGGCAGCAUCAUGGUUGUUCCAAGGAGACUGUUCAAAUCAGAGCAAAAAAAAGACACACAGAAGGACAAGAAACAAAAAUGAAUGUUGGUUGGAAACAAAUCUAAAAUGGUGGUGGCAUGAACUAAAAAAAAUGCUGUAAAUUGGGAGAGGUUAAACUUGGACCAGACUUUGGUGAUAUCACUUGUUCAGGUGGCAGCUGAACAUUAUUAUUGGUCCGUACAAGAACACAAAAAACACCACAAAGAAGCUGCUUUCACCCUCCUAAACUGGCACUACACUUGUACAGACCUUCCAGUAUGCCACAAAUGAAUAUCUGCAUGGUCGUACAAUAUUACCCGUUAUAUGCAGCUUUCUUUCCAUCAUAGGUAUAGAUUAAACAGUAAGACCUCUAUUGAAAGAAAUGAUUAUAGGUUAGAAAGGGGCCAAUUUUCUGGUAAAAUUGGAUUUUUUUUUAAUAUAUAUAAAUAUAUAUAAUAUGGACAUUUGGCAUAUUAUCAAAAGACCUUGCCACCAUAUAAAAAAAAAUAUGUUAAAAUACAAAGUGACCUUAGAUUUAGUCUGUCGCACUGGAGCACAUUGUUCAUGUAAAGUUCUGGCUUAACAUUUUUAUUAUGUUAUGUAUGUUUUUAUUUAUAUGUAUGGUGUGUCUAAGGAGCUGUAUAAAUUAUGAUUUGUACUUUUUUACACUUUGCUUCUUAUUCUACUCUGUCAAUUUCAAGAGGUCCUGGUGGCUGAUCAUGUUUAUUUUAUUUUUUUGUCGUGUUUGAGACUAUCAUUUCUAGCAAGCUGGAGUUGCUUCUUUUAUAUUAUUUUGUGAUCUCCAGUGGUAUAUGUUGGCUGACAGAGUAUUUUUUUUACCAUGGGAAUAUUUGCUAAAGAAAUUUUAAUUUACAAUAAUGUUAUUUUGCAUUUAUACUACAGGGAUAUACACACAAAAUUGUGUUCCAGAAAUCCAGUUCGGAACUUCCUUCUCCUAAUUCUCCUUCUUUCCCAGUUUGCCUUAGUUUUUCUCAAUCUUAAUAAUUUUGUAAGCCUGAAGCAAGAAGCUCUUGGUUUCGAAAACCUAGGGUGAAAAGUGAUGGGUUGGGGACAGUUAAUUGCAGGGAGGAUUGCUCAUAAAAGGACACCUCCUUUAAGUUUGUUUGGCGGUGUCAGGAGUUCUUUCAUAGGCAAGGUUAGAAUUUUAAAAAGAGACAUGUAUCACUCAACAUGUCAAAUAUACCUUAAGCUUAUAUUAUAUAUAUAUAUUUUUUUUUAAAUAAGGUUUGCACCAUUUAAAUGUGAUUUUUUUUUAACCAAUACUAAGUGGUUAUAUAUAAACGCAAAGCCUAGUGUAUCCAUUCAGAGUGUGUGUUUCACUAAAAUUUGGUAGUCUUAUAUUGGAGUGAAAUAUAACAAGCACAGGUAUUGUUCAGGAUUUUAUUUUUGGAUUUCUGUUCUCAUACUUCAUGUAAUAUGCUCAGAAAUCCCAUAAAUCUAAAUGCUUCUCAAAGGGAAUUGGUGAGUAGAUAGGACAGGAUUAAAGGGAAACUGCAUCACCCACACUACCUUGCUCCUUAUUGCACUGUUAUGCCUGCCCGUCUACAAGCACGUUGCUGAUACGUGCUAUGACAUCACCAGCAGGAACGGCCCGUACCAACAGCGCACAUAGGGGGGAAGCAGUGUAUGCAUGCUGGUGAUACAAUUGCUUGUAAAAUGGAUAAUGAAUAUUUAUAAAGCAAUACAUUACUCAUAUUUUUUCAUGCAGCAGGUUAUCUCCUGCAACUUAGUUCGCUAUUGAUCCCUCUGCCCACUUGUCAUUGAUUGACAGCCAUCAGCCUAUGCUGUGCUUAGUCAGAAGGCAGGAGUGGCAGUGCACUUGGCGCUGUGUGCAGGAGAUAAAUGCUAAUUUUAUUAAAUCUGCUUCAUAGAAAUAUAUACGUAAUACAACAUCAGAAUCUGUGUCUCUGUCACUAGUCCAUGCUGCCCGUUCAUAGGACAUCCUACUGUCAAAUUCCUUUUCAGAUGUAGUAUUUGUUUAAGACAUAUAUGAUAUGUAUAAUUAAAAGAUGAGAUCCCUUGCAUGUCUGAAGCCGCCUUGUAGUCUAGGCCUAAAUGGCAUUUUAACAGUGCCCGUGAAAGAACUCUAGCUAUUGGAACACCAAGAAGACAUAGUCUUAGAAGUCCGCCAUUGUUGUCUACUAAGAAUUUGCCUUUUCUGUAUUAUUUUGGAAGUACACCCAAGCAUUUUAGCCAAAGUAUGACCUUUUCAUGUCUGUGAAGCUGAAAGUGCCCUUGUAUUUCAGUAGAAAUGUCUGCCAGUAUAUCAUAUAACAGCACGAGAUGGUUUUAGUUAUUUAUUUGUUAUGGGUCAGAGACAUGGUGCUCUAUGUCAAAGCUCCAAAAGAAGACAUCUGCCAGAGCUAACACAUGUCCCUUUACUAUUUUCUUGUGACCAAUCCUAAUUUGAGGACUAUAACUAAGCGGUGUGGGGGUAUUAAUGGGCGCUUUAAACAUUUGUCAGCACUGGCCAUAAAUGUGUUAAAUUCAGGGUAUUUGCUGAUUUGUAUACAGGCCCCCAAAUACCUUGUUUCCAUGGGAGAUAAGUCACUGCCAGAGGCCCCUUGCUGCUAAAAGUGCAUGUUUAUGGUGGAUUUGGAAGAAAUAGCGGAGAGUUUCUGUCACUGAGUCCUCUAGCUAUGUGGCCAGUUGGCUAUACACAAGAUAGGUGUCAGGAAAAUUUUCAUUUAGCCAACAGCUAUGUUUCCCAAUUCCCUCAUACACAUUCCCGCUUGGCUUGUCCAAGUGUGAUUGAAAUGAAAGCACGGAAAAAUGACUGACCGAUUCCUAUGGCGGCUGCUUAUCUCCCAGUGAAAAAAAGAAUCAGGCAAUCGAGACCAACAUGCCCAAUCCUUACUUGCUCCAGGGAAAGUCAGGAAGUCCCCAUACACAUGAAUUGGUGGGUUUUGCUGACAUAUAGUUAAUGGGUAUGCUUUAGCCUUAAAAAUGGUUUGGCCCCAUCAUUACUGUUGACCCAUUUAAUCCAUUUGACUAAAUUAGAAAUAUACUACACAUGGAGCAGACAUGUCCUAAAAACACUGCAGUAUUGCUAUAUACAUUACAUUUGCUGUUGAUUGAACCAUAGUUCACCAGAUACUAGAAUUGGACUUGACUACCUGUAAGUAUUCCAAUGUACUAUUCAUCUUCUAUCUGGAGGAAACGCAAUAAUCAGUACGAAUAGAGUCUAAAACUAGACGUUAUCUUUUCCUCUAAACAAUGAUAUUUAGAAGUUACAUUAAUAGCAUAGUCUGUAUAGGAUGGAUAUAUAUAUAUAUAUAUAUAUAUAUAUAUAUAUAUAUAUAUAUAUAUUACUCUGUGCUGAACUAGCCUUCUAGGCAAGCCUAUAUACCUAAGGAUUUCCCAUUGCAUGCUUGUGUAAGGUGAUGGAUGUCUCUUUUAUAUACAAUUAUUAUUCCCAUCGCUAUUAAUGGAAUGGACAUAGCCUGUAAAUCACCACGAAUGUCACAGCUUCCUAGGUAGAACAGCAAAACAGAUACGUUACUAACAGUAAACCGUUAUAAAAUAGAUUUGUUAUAUGUGAUAGAAUAUACAAAUGAAAAAGAGCUGAUCACUAAAGUGAUAAUACCAAAAAUAUCAUGUAGAAAAUGCUGGCUAGAUGUUUUGGUAAAGUGCUCAGAUAGUGCCUCUACAGUUCAGGUUGUCCUUGAGAAGAUUUGGUAACCCUAAAAGUAAGAUUUUUAUUUACCCAAUCAUAAACACUGGCGAGCAGUUGCUAAAGACUGAAAUAGGGUUGUACUGCAAUUCCAGCAGCAACUAUAGACCAGAAAGAUGCUGCUUCUGUAAUAAAAGAGUAAUAACGGGUUGUCUGGGUAGUAGAAAAUGUAGCACCUUUCCUCGCUUUCUGGCACCUUGCUUCUGCCCUGCGCUUGUUUUGGAAGUACAUCUAUCGAGGUAAGAGGUGGCAAGUACCAUAUUGUGAUUUACUGGGCUGUGCUGGUUUGGUUUCCCUUGUAUGUGCUGAUGGCAAGAUGGUGCCCACCCUGUCUCCACUUGAAAUGUAUACUUCAGAGAUGAGCGCAGGAGUGGAGUACCAGGGAGUGAGAGAUGACAAUACAUUCUCUGGCCUCAACCCCCCCCCCCUUUGAUCCCAAAAGGAUACAUAGAAUUGAGAUGACCUGUAGCAUUUCCCAUCUCACUAUUUUGGGGAGCAUUUGCCCCAUCCCAUAUCUGUUUUAGGAGACAAGACCGCCUUAACUCUUUUGUUUGCUAAGUUUGUUAUACCCAAGAAGACCAUGAGCCCUGUGUAGGCUCAUACCACCCAUUGGGAAGACAUAAAAGGCCAUCCCAUACAUGGGCCCUAUGGUACAGACACCUGUGAUAGUAAAUGGAUUAUUAUAAUAUUAGUUAAAAGCUAUGAAACUUCUGGACAUUUAAUAAACAAUUUUCUCCCACUAACCUACACUAUUCCGAGAACUGGGAUGCUGGGAAUAGCUUAAUGGAGAUCUGACCUUCAUUAAUAGUGAGAUAUAUACAUUUGUUAUUUUGAAGUUACUGUUGGCCUGAAUUGAUGCAUUUUUGCAUGGAAACUACCACUGGAUGAUGGACAUUACUGUGCCACAUGGAUAAAUAUUCUACAUAACUGCACUAAAAGUAGUAGAAACAUUGGGGGAAACAGACUUGAUGUCUGGGAAAACUUAACCUGAUUUAUUAUUAAUAAUAUAAAGAUCAGGUAUUAAAUAUCCAGUUCUGGAUUUUGUUUGUCUGCACUAAUGUCUCUGACACAACCCCCCAACACUCCCUAACACAAGAUGGCUGGUGUCAUAUAUUAGGAAUGAUACUUCAGUGUGUAUAUGCUAUCUACAAGUUAGUGGAAGCCUAUAGAGCUGUGUGUUUAGAGACAUGGUUACUUGACUGCUACUGUAAACUCCUGGUGUACUACUUUAAGGGUAUGUUUAAAAAAAAAAAAAAAAAA